AUGUACGAUAGCUGCCCCUACGGUGGGGGCCUAGAGCUGAAGAGAUGUUCCAUCAAGUCAGAAGAGAUUGGUUCCAGCGAUUGGUACAGGUUCUGUAACCCGAGCACCUUCCAGCAGCUCAAGCAAAGUGUCGAAAAGGCCAAAGCUGCCCUUAGCGUGUCCAGUGCCUUCACCGACCUAGCCCCGGCCUUCCAGAAUGAAGACAAGAGGCAUGCUUGGAACAAAUGGCUGUUCUGUUCCAAAAAUCUUCCUAAUUUGGAGAGGAUAUUUGACUUAUGGACUCUAGAUUGA